UAUAAUAAAACAAGAAGAUGAAAAAUUAUUUAAACGUCACACGUCACACAAACGUCAUAACAAAAAUGGCACGUCAGCAGCAAGACGUAGACGAACUUUUCGAAAUAAAAAAUUAUUUCUAUAUAGGAAACUACCAGCAAUGUAUCAACGAAGCUCAAAAAUUAAAAAAGCCCUCAACUCCAGAAGUUGCUACCCAAAGAGAUAUCUUCACUUAUAGAUCCUACAUGGCACAAAAUAAGUUUUUGGUGGUAUUAGAUGAAAUUCAUGGAGCAUCUCCGAUCGAAAUUCAACCACUGAAACUAUUAGCUGAUUAUCUAUCAGGAAAAAAUAAUAAAGAAGCAGUGGUAGCCCAAGUUGACCAACAAGUAGCCACAAAUGCCAAUAAUGACACUCUGAUUUUGGUUGCUGCCACUAUUUACGUCAAUGAAGGCAAUCUGGAGGGAGCAUAUAAAGUAUUACAUGCAUCAGAAUGUUUGGAAGCACAUGCUUUUAUUAUUGAUAUACUUUUGAAGUUGGACAGGGUAGAUUUGGCUAAGAAGAAAUUAAAAGAAAUGCAAGAUAAAGAUGAUGAUGCUACUUUAACUCAACUGGCACAGGCUUGGAUCAACAUUCAAACUGGUGGUGAUAAACUUCAAGAUGCUUACUACAUUUACCAAGAAUUGGUUGACAAAUAUGGUUCAACACCACUUCUUCUGAACGGUCAAGCUGUCACAUUUAUAGGUCAAGCAAAAUAUGAAGAGGCAGAGGCAGCUUUGCAAGAGGCUAUCGAUAAAGAUGCCAAUUAUCCAGAUACAUUGGUUAAUUUUAUUACCCUUCAGAGGCAUAUGGGCAAAGGUCCUGAGAUUGCAAACAGAUAUUUAUCCCAGUUGAAGGACGCCAAUCCUGAACAUCCUUACAUAAAGGAUUUGAGGCAAAAAGAAAGUGAGUUUCAAAGGAUUACUCAACAAUAUUCGCCAUCUGUAACUAGCAUUCCUGCAUAAUUUUUAUUGUUUCUGUAAAUAUUUAUAAGAUGUAUGUCAAAUAAAGAAUUAAAUCAAAAUGAC